CUACUUAUACAAAAGGGCUGAGCGAUAGGGUUUUUACAGCCAUUUUACCUCGUUUGUUUCCAUUUGGAAGGUGUAAGGGUGGUGACUUCCAUGCAUAGUAAAACUCUGGCUCUCAUAGUAACACCCUCCCCAACAUAAAAUUCAAGUUAUUUUUGAUCGCCCUUACACCAGGUAAGAAAUUCCUUAAUUCGCGUUUGGACAACAUUUAUGGUUGAGUUCACCCUCAUUUUUUUUAACACAGUUUUAACUUUAAAAAUUUGUAAAUUAAUUCUAACAUGUAUUUUAUUUGUAGUAUAUAAUUAAGCUUUUACGCUUUUUUAUUUCGCAAGCACUUUACGCAGGGGAAACUAUAAAGAAAGUGGGGGAAAUAGCUUGGAAACGGAGUUAAACAGGCUGGAAACGAGGGUAAAUGAUCACAAAACUGGAAAGUCAAGUGGAAAUGAUAGGGAAACCAGGAAACGACUGGGAAACAGGAAAAAUUCUGGAACCUAAUAUUUAUGUAAUUGUUAUCAUGAAGUCGUAAAACUUGAAAAUAGCUAUGUCGUUAAACUUAUUUUACACUGAUGCUUAUACGUUGCAUUUAUUUGAAGUGUUGUUAAAGAAUUUUAUUUAUAUGAUUUUAUUGGUCUGCGCUAUACUUUUAAAAGUGUAGUGUAAAAUCCUAAAAGCUAGAGGGGAGGACAAACAAAAUGAAAAUGUAAGAUAUAAUGAAAAACUACUUAUGUUAUAUAAUAUAAUUUUUGCUGAUAAAUCCAAAUAUGCCACUCAAUUUUCUCAAAAGUUCCUUGUUUUCUUUUUCAAAAUUUGAUAAUGUUAACCCGGAUCCAAGAAUAGUAGUUAUAAUUGUUAUCAUUUUAAGGUCUUAAAUUGUUUUUUUGGGAUGUAUAAUAUUGAAGUAAUAAUAUCUGUUAUAUAUAUAAAGCUGCUUCUUCUAGGUUUAUUAUAAUCAUAUGUAUAUGAAAUGAGUGCAUUUGAUGGUCAUCUGUUAGAAUAUCCAUUUGUCUCUAUUGAUCGAUUUGAUGGAAGUAAUUUGUCAUCUGAAGUGUAUUUCUUAUCUCACUGCCACAAGGAUCAUGUUGUUGGCUUGCUUGACGAGAUGUUUUUGCACAGACUUAAAUCUGGCUUUCCUGAUGUGAAAUUGUAUGCUUCAGAAACAACCAGAAAUUUGAUGUUGUGUGAUCCUGAAAUGCAAUAUGUGGUAGAGUAUACAAUUGGACUUCCUGUACAUCAACAAACAUUCAUUUCAAUUAAGAAGGGAGAAUUGAAAAAGGAAACAAUAGUUGUAACUCCAAUAUCUGCUGGACAUUGUGUUGGAUCAGUAAUGUUUUUAUUUGAAGGAGGUAAAGGUACAGUGCUAUAUACAGGUGAUUUUCGCCUUGGCGAGAAAGAAAUAUCAAAAGUUCCUGCCUUGCAUUGUGGUUUAAAUGUUCGGUGUCUUGAAAGUAUGUAUGUGGACACAACAUUUUGUUGUCCAAAAGUUCCCAGUCUUCCAACUCGGGGAGAGACAAAAGAUUCGCUGAUCAAAAUUAUUAGCAUGUGGAUAUUAAAAGGGCCUAAUUACAUGGUCCAUUUAAAAUGUAAAGGAAGAUAUGGCUAUGAAUACAUUAUGAAAGAAGUUGCAAAGCAUUUUAUGAUGAAGAUCCAUGUAAACCACUGGAGGAUGAAUAUGUGUGCUAAAUUAAGCGACAUGUUAAAACAUUUCACCACUGACGCUUCAUCAACACAAAUCCAUUGUUGUUACUAUGGAAAAAUUAGCACUAACUCAGCAUGUCAUCUACCCUGCGAUUUACAAUACAUUAAUGGUGAACGUAUCAAGAUGAUAACCAUCGUUCCAUCAAGUCUGUAUUUUUUAAGGAAUGGAAUCCCUAAAGAAAACCAUGUUUGGAUACAAUCACAGAAGCUGUGGAGAGUUGUUCAUUCCAUGCAUGCUUCUUAUAACGAGAUCAGAGAGGUGGUAGGAUAUCUGAAGCCACAGAAUAUAUACCCAUGCGUUCCACCUGUUGAUUGCCAAGAUAUUUUAAAAGCAUAUGAUAGAUUGCAAGAUCUAAGACAAACCUCUGACUCGCAAAACAGUGACUUAGUUGAUGAAAAACUUGAAGAGGAAAUCAGCGAAGGAAAAAUCAGCUGGACUGCGAAUUUACAAAGCAAAAAUUUGUUGUCUCCAAGAUCAGCGAGCAGACAUCACAGAUCUCUUGGGUUUGAAAAAAUAAGAAAUUUAACAAGCCCGCCACCUCGCAGAAAACGCAGACGAAGACAACUUACCACGUCGAACAAAGUAAACAAAAAAGAACACUUGUCUGAAAUAAAAGAAAUAGUGCUUGAAGAUGAGAAUACAGAUACUUUGUUAUAUCAAGCGUUCGGUAAAAUACACGAAGAAAAAUGUAUCCAAGAUUCAUCUGGUGAAGAUUUAACUGCAACUAUUAUUGAGGGUAAACGUUCGAAUAAAUUUAUAAUUGAACGAGGUAGUAUUCUAUCGAAUGAUGCAGCGGUCAUCAAUAAUUUUCCACAAAUCUCACAAAUCUGUGACAAAGAAUCUAGUCAUAAUUCAGAUACCGGGUGUAUUAAAAAGGAGAGAAUAAUCGACCACAGGAAAGGAGAUACCCCAUAUUGUGGUAGUAGUCAUUAGCGAAACCUGUGAUGAUUUGCAGAAUAAUAGCAAAGUUGUUUAAGUAGCAAUUUUGUUCAGUGAUGAUGAAACUGACUCAGAUCGUACUUUAAAUUUAAAUAAUAGGGGGAGGGGGUCACACUAGAAUUUUAAAGCAUGCUGUAAAUUUAAAACACGAUUUAAAGCAUGCUUAACAAGACGUAUGAUAUACGCAAACAACCUCGCGAAUAAUGUUUACAAAAAGCUGUCUAUCAAAUUGGGAUUUUUGUUACGAAGUUAGACACGACAUAUUUUACUAUUCAGAUACGCAAUAAUAUUUGUUACACACUUAUUUUUCAAAAUUGAUUUGUGAGACCUUCCUGAACGGAGAAUUCCUCGAACUUUUAAUUUUCGAUGGGUCCGUCUUGGGUGAACCGACUGACAGGAAGAAGAAAGACCACAAACCCACAAACCCCAAAAUUUGCGAAAUUCAUUAAUUCAGUUAAUUCUGCCUACAUUCACUUUUAAAAAGUUUGGUGGAAACACCUUUAUUUACUAGUUAGUUAAACAAGUGUUUUGAACACUUGUCUUAUCUUUUUUUUAAAAAAAGAAAAAAGAAAAAUAGUUACCAAGAUGAGAUUCGAACACACGACGACUCCCGUGUCGGUGCUCAGAGAGGCAAAAAUUUCCAUUCUUGUAGGACACAUUUGCGUUUUAAUACAAGCUCACGAGCUUGUAAUUAAUGUGAACGCAUUUUUGCUUUAUUAAAAUGCCUUUCAAAUAAUCGUUGAAUAAAAAGGACACGUCUAAAUCAAAAUAUGUGUUUCUAAAUUCUAAAAAACCACACAUAUUGAUUAAACAUUAAAUAUAAUAAGUCGAGCAGUAUCUUCAAAUUCUCAAUAUAUGAAAAAUUCUGCAUCAUCGUCGUGAAUCGCAUCUAGUAAUAUUUCAAUAAGACUACCACUGGUAAAAGGAAGAGAGAACGUUGGUCAAAAAUACAAACAAGAACGUUAGUCGAUAUGUGUGAAAAGAACAUUUUAAUGAUUUUGAAACAGCGAAACAUAACUCAGUUUGGUCGAAAGUCAAGGAUUGAGUCAAUGAUGUUAGAUCUGAUAAAACGAUGAAACAAAUUAAAUUUAUAAAAUCAGAAUGUGUCUUUUUCCCCUUGCAGCAUACUUUCGUCGUAAAAACGUUUUGAGUUUUAUCAACAAAAAAUUUUCUUUCUCGCAUCCAUUUUAACAUCUGCUUCACUCAAUCCGGUUUUCCAAUUAAAAAAAUGAUACGCGUCUCUUAGCAAAAUACUAAUAUCGAAGCGCACGAUACGCUACUACUUUCAAUUUCCCAUAAACAAAACAUUGGCGCAACAUUAAAAUCUAAACAAACAUGGCGAAAAUUCUUAGUAGAAGAACAGUUAUCCUUCUCUUACUACGGCGACGUUUGUCAAAGAAAAGAAGGUUUUGGGUUCGAAAAUUGUUCCAAGAGAGAGAAGCAAAAGGAGAAUAUUAUCUUGUCGUUUGUGAUAUGAGAUUGCAUGAUGAAGAAUAUUUCUUCCGAUAUUUUAGAAUGAAUCCACAGCAGCUUGAAAUUCUUCUUUCCAAAGUGGGACCACAUAUUUUAAAAUCAUCUAGAAGGAAAUUUAUAGGCCCUAGUGAAAGACUCUUUCACUUUGAGAUAUCUCACAACUGGUGAUGCACAGACAACAAUAGCUGCAAAUUAUCGAAUAAGUCCAACUACUAUUGGCAGAAUAAUAGCUGAAACCUGCGCAGAAAUCUGGAAUGCACUGCUCGAGGAAUAUGUUGCGCCCCCCCCCCCCCCCCCCCAAGUCAAAAAAAGAUUGGAAAAAAAUUGCUGACGAAUUUGAGAGAAUCUGGAACUUCCCGCAUUGCAUUGGUGCGCUGGAUGGAAAACAUGUUGUUGUGCAAGCACCUGCCAAUACAGGCUCUUUGUAUUUUAAUUACAAAAAGAUGUUUUCUAUUGUCUUGAUGGCUAUUUGUGAUGCCAAUUAUUCCUUCACUAUGGUAGAUAUUGGUAACGUUGGUCGAAACAGUGACGGGGGUGUUUUUUCCAACAGUAGAAUGGGAGAAGCAUUUUUGGAGAAUAAACUAAAUGUUCCAGAGCAAGACAAAUUGAGAAGUACCAACACCUAUUUUCCAUAUUUUUUGGUUGGUGAUGCGGCAUUCCCUCUAAGGGAAAACCUCAUGAAACCAUAUCUAAAAAAGACACUGGGUCUUAAAGAAAGAAUCUUUAACUACCGACUUUCAAGGGCGCGUAGAACUAUAGAGAAUGCAUUCGGUAUUGCAGCCUCAAGAUUUUGUGUUUUAAGACGUCCAAUAAAUGCAAGAGUUCACGUUGUUAUACAUAUCACUAAAGCAGUAAUAGCUUUACACAACUUUUUGAUGGCAGGGAAGGAAUUUUACUCGGAAACUUCAAGAUAUUGUCCCAUCUGGUUAUGGUGAUACGUCUACAAAAUUGGGAGAAUGGAAGAAUGAAAUUGGGAAUACAGAUGCACUACAGUGUAUAACAAGAGCUGGGUCAAACAAUUAUUCAAAAGACGCAAAAACAAUACCAGAAAAAUAUCGUGAUUAUUUCAGUUCUUAUGAUGGUCAAGUAAAUUGGCAGUGGUCUAUGGUGACUAGUACUUAACAAAUGACAAAACAAAAACUAUAUUCAAGAAAACAGAAAGACUAUCUUUUUAAUAUAUAACUAAUAUACUUAAAAAUCCAAAAUAUAAUAAACUUGAACUGCAUAUAUAUUUUUUACUUUUGUCCAGUUUACAUUGAAACAUAAAAUUUUGUUGAACAUGUCCUUAAUCAUCAUGUUCAUAGCCUAAAAAUAUUUGCAUUAUCUUUAUUCUGGCUUCAUUUUUUGCCGCUUUGUAAGUUCACGAAACUGUUCAACAAGACUUUUGCAAAAUAAAACAUCCGAAUCAUUGUGAUCCAGCUUCUCCAUCUGUUUUAACCCCUCCUCCUGUUUGCUCUUCUUUAAAUCUGCAGCAAGAGAUUCCCUUAACAAGUCAUCAAUAUCAGUUUUCCUUUUGGACUUUUUUGUUGAAGGUGAGGCUGAAUCACAACAGAAGAAUUUAAUUGAUGUGCACUAGCAGAAUCAAAGUCAGGUUGUGUCAUAAAGUUAAUUCCAUCUAUCUGAUUUUUGGAAUUAAUCGGUAUCGGAGAGGGAGGUGGGGUAAACAAGUUGGUGUCAGUUUGUUUCCCAGAUACAACGUUAUAUAAAAAUAACAGUUCACUGAAAAAUUCACACUGGGGCAAUUUUUUGUGACCAGAUCCAGAACGUGUUGCCUGUUCUCUUUUUCUUAUGCAUCGUCGAUAAUUAUCCUUUAAUUUCAGAAACCUUUUCUGCAGUGCGGUUUCUAAAAGAAAUUAAGGAAGAUUAAUGCUUUAUUAAAUAUAUAUAAUGAAUCCAAGGUUAAGCAUAUUUUCUAGGUGUAAAACAAGUUCAAAUAAAGCUACAAUCCUGGACAAAAUAUAGUGACAAAAACCUAAAUUUUUUUCCUAAUAUCUCCCUUUUCCCCUCUAAUAUCAAUGCGUUUGAGCCAUGCGUACAGGCUGGAAAGCCAACAUUGAUGCUGGGGAAGAGGUAAUCUUGAAAAACUACAUAGUUUUUCCACAAUUUUUCUCCAGGGUUGUAGCAACUAUAUACAUCUUUGUUUGGCUAGCUACAUUUCAGUACAUUACAACAGAAAUCUUGACAAUAAAUAUCAUUUUCAUUAUUUUUACCUGGAUGUUGUAAAGCAGCUGAUAAUCUUCUCCAUGCUUCUGCUAUUUUGUACUUAUCCUUGUGAGCUUUAGAAGAUAUAUUCCAAAUACAAGGAUAUUUUCCUAUUUCGUCAGUACGAGAUGAAAGAAGGUUCACAUUGGUUUUAUUAUCAUCUUCCACUUCUUUUUGUGUUUCUUCCACUUCUUUUUGUGUUUCUUCUAUAUCAUUCGUGCUGUUGUUGGUGGUAAAAAGAGCUACUGCUUCCUGCGAGGUUUCUUGCAUAAUUUGUGACUGUCCACAACUAGAAAAUAUCCCUGAUUGAUGAAGAACAUCUAUAAAAGUUUCCACCGGUAUUUGUUGUUGCUGUGGAUUCUCAGCUAAUUUGAAUGCGGUUGUUUUACGAAAAAAGAACGCUGAUUGGCUGAUUCACUGACUGAUACUUCGUAGCACGCGAAAAAGUUGGAUUGAUUUCUACUUUAUUUGUGCACGCACAGUUUACUUUUAAAUACGCGUCUUUCAGGAUUUUUAUAAACUGCGCAUGCUCAUUGAUACGAUACGUUCCGAUACGCGUAUCAUUUUUUUAAUUGGAAAACCGGCUUCACAUGUAAAUAAACAUUUGUUAUGUAUGAUUUUAAAGCCUCGCCUCCACUUGAGCGUACAAGCAGAGAGAUCAAGCGAUCCGGGAAGCGUUUUCUACUCCCCAGUCGUCACAAGCACGAUGGAGCAAACAAAAAGGCGUAAUUUUUUUAGUUUGUAAAUGUACCCAAAAAACAAAGAUAUCUGCCGACAAAAGAAAAAGAUUUCUGGUAUUGAUCCUUAUCAAAUGGAAUUGGAAGAUGUUGAUACUUAAACUCCUAAAAAUAGAAGAUUUUGGAUGCUACAAAUAUUCAAAGAAAGUUCAUUAUAAGAGGAAUUCUAUUCCUUAGAGAAACAGGCAAGAAUGAAUUACAAUAUUUCGCAUGUCACCAAGUACGUACGAAAAGUUGUUCGAAAGCGUUGCACUGUUUUUAUUGAAACUCUUUUCCAAAAGAGAAGCCAUAAAACCUUAUUAAGUAUUAUUAAGUAAUUAUUAAGUAUUAUUAAUAUUAAGAAACACAUCAGGUAAAGUCAUGAGACAUUCAAGCAUAUGCCUAUUUGAAGGUUCAAAUUAUACAAAACAACACAACCAGAAACAACAACAACAAAAUUCAGCUCCUAUUUUCACCAUCAUGUUGGCUUUGCGACUAAGCCUUUGAAGGUUUAGAACUAAACUUUUGACAAACAACAUAUCUGCAUCAUCAUCUACUGAUUCUUUAGCUUUAAGAAGGGAGGUUGCCACUUUUACAAUCAAAUCAUCGAUUUUUUGACUUUGUUCCUUUGAUUGGUUAAUAAAAGUCUUUACCUCUUCUAAUUUUCUACGUUUUCCCACACCUAUUUUUGGUGUGGAGAGUUGUUCUUUAAUUAAAAUUGAAUCGUCAAUAGUUACGGUUGUGCAGUUGUCAUUGGCUGUAACUUUUGAUUUACCAACAGACUUGUUGUUAACGGUUACUUUUGUGUGGCUACUGGCACUACUGGUUGGAGUUUUAGGAAUAUUUACACUAUUAAAAAAGGUUCCUUCUGCUGUCUAGAAAUCUGAAUUUUCUGAUGUAGAUUUAGUAAGAGUUAAAUUACUAUAUUUUUCCCUAUUUGUAACAUUGUCCCGGAUGAAGAGCAAACUAUCGAAAUGUUGACAUCUUGGAGUUCUUUUGUAUCUUGCCCCAGACCUUGUUUGCUGAUCAAUUUUCUUAAUACAUCUCAUCAUCCAAUCUCGAAGAUUUUUCCAACGCUUUGAUAGUUCCAAUUCUAAAAAUAUAAGAAAAAAUUACAAAUGUAAUUCCCAUUUACAAUUUUUUUGUUUUGUCUGUGUUUCCGAACACCAAAAAUUUGUGUCCAAAAUUUUGAUUUUGAUUUACUGUGAUCAAAUAUCUUAAAUGCUAAGCACCAGGAGAUGAAUAAAUAGAAAGUUUUCUUGGAUAUUGAUAAAAAAAAGCUGGAAAAUAUCAUGAAAAAACAGGAAACUCUUACCAUCAUAUUCUAAUUUUGAUGCCAUCGUUUUUCAGGCUUCCUAUUUCUUGUUGUUGUCUUCGAAAGCUGUAGUGCUUGUGUCCCAGAGACACCUGUAAUUUCUCACUUCAUAUAUUAGAAGUUCAUCAUCAAUUUUUAUCUCCACUUCCAUGUUCUCUUCAGCAGUAGGAUGUAAUUCCAUUUCCUCUUCAACUCUAGCUGUAUGAAUUUCGAGCUGUGCUUCUUCUGCAAGUGAUCCAACUCCAAGUUGUAGUUGUUUCUUUUGUUUGUAAACUUCAAAUGCAUAUCCAUUAAGAUUAAUAGAUCAUCUUGAUAAUAAAGAUAUCUUUAUUUCUAUCCUUGCAAACAAAAAUUUUCUUAUUGUUUUUUUACGUUUUUGUGCAAUUUUAUUGGCGAAAACUCAGCGACAAACUACCAUGCGACAAAAGAAGAAUCCAAUCCUACUUUUGUCGUUUGAAAGUUUCGUCGCUUCGGCAAGACUGCGAAUCACUAUUGCGCAAUACCUCAUUUGCAAACCAAUAGAUCGCUCGGUCGCACCACUUGUACGCUCAAGUGGAGGUGAGGCUUAAGUUUCGUUUUUAAUUUUGUUUACAACUCUCCCUUUGACGUUAUCGGCAACUUGCUUCAAGCAUGCUUUGAUUUUAUACUAAGCAUGUUUUGUUCUAGUGUGAUAUCCCCCCCCCCCCCCCCGCACUUCUGAAUGUUGAAACGACAAAGUUGACAUUGUAAGUAUGUAUCAAAUGUUCCCAUUUUAUUUAUUUCAAAUUUUAGAAAUUUUUGGUGAUUAUAUUUCCACUAAAUUAUUUUAAUUUAAUUAUUUAUUUUUUAAAUAUUUUACUGCCUGGUAUUAAAAAAAACAAUGUUAUUUUUGUACUAAUUUCUGCAAAAACUGAAACCCGUGAAAACUAUACAGUAAGCGACAACACAGGAAGCGCAAAUUAAUUCCUCAAAUAUCGUUCAUUUGUGGUGACAUUUGUCGGCGCGAAGUAAAAACACAAAGUAUGAUUAAGAAAAGUUAAAUUGAAUAUAUAUUGAAUACAUGAUUGCUGUAUAUAUUAGUGUGUAUUUAAUUGUUGAAAUUUCAUUUAAAAGUGCUUAGCCGUUUUUACUUUUAUUGUUUACGAAAUUAAACAUUAAUUUCUUAGGAAAGUCGUGAACUAUGGUGGAAUUACGAGCUAAAGCAAACUUACAGUGACUUACUUUAUGGGCAGAAACUUCCGCAGAAAAAACUUUUUAGCCUUUUGGCCGCGAAAGUUUUUAGCUAAACCAUAUUCUAAAUUACAGAAAAUUUUCGACUCGCGAAACUGUUUUCCAUCCAAUUUUUUUUGUUUCAUAGCGAUGGCGAUUUUGAGUGGGAAUAAGGUAAAUCAACCCAGCAGAUUUUUUUCAUAUCCACCUGAUUAACCCUUUGCAUACUAUGCAUAAUAGUUCAUGGAAUGCAAUGUCCCAGGCCUAAUUUAAUUAAUAAUGUAUUAUAUAUAAAAAGUAGAAUACCUAGUGCAUUUUUGUUUAAUUUUCUUAGUAUGUACAUCAAGUUAAAAUAUUUAUUUUACAAAAAGCUAGUUUA